UGCGUGAAAAGCACGAGUGUUUGGGGAUCGGGUUGAAGGGCUGCGCUCCUUAAAGCUUCUUUUUUUGGGGGGGGGGAACGAGGUGCUUUUAAACGGAGCUGAAGCGCCGGGAGCUGCCGGUGAGCGGGGUGGGAAGCGAGAGCCGAGUGCAGGCUGGAAGGGAACGAGGGAGAAAAUCCGCACCGAAGGGCUGCGGAACGAGUUGUGCGGGGAUUGGGGCGUUUGGUGCUGGUCGGCUGCGAGUCUGAGGAAAAAACAGAGAGAAAAUCCGCCUUGGGUUCGGUAGGAGCUGGUCACGCAUCUCCAAAAGUGUAUUUCUGAGCGUGAGGGAAUUUCUACUCCGCAGAGAUGCGUGAUGGAGCGAGCGGUCCGUGAGGAAACAGAACCGGGGGUUCAGCCCGGGCUGCGGGGAGCGGAGCGGCGAUGGGUUACGUGGCAGGCAGGGCGGCCCCGUAACGCGGCUGCACGCAGCCCUGCUCUGCCUCUGCGGCCGGAGCCGCUCUGUGGGCGCCGCCGUUGACUGAGGCUCCGUGGGCUCGGAGGCUGCUGUCCCGUCUCAUACACCCCGCUUGCUGUGGGCUCAGCCAGGCUGGGUUUGGUGCCGUGGCAUCGCCCAGGGAGAAGUUACGGUGCUCGGAAAGCUGCUGUCGCUGUACGGGUGGUGUUUAAGAGGGGGAAAAUUGGGCUGUAAAGGAUCUGUUUCCUCACUUCGUAAAUCCGCGGUGAAAACAAGAAGUCCAGCUUCUGCUUUUCUGCUCUGUUUCUGGAUACCUGGUGAGGUGAUGUGACAGCCACAGUAAGCUGGGCAGCUCAGCAGUGCUGUCCGUGUGAGGAAAAGGGAAAGAAAGCAGCAGGGAGCAGAGCAGACUUGUGGUAGUGAGCUUUGGGCUGACUGAUGAACAUAACCUUAAUUUGAAUGGGUGUUUUUGAAGCUUUGAGUAAGGGCAUAUUUUGAAGUUUUGAGUAAGGGCAUAUUGAGAUCCUAUUAUCAAUGAAACCUCCACCUCUGUAGCUCUGCCUGUCGUGGGUGCACGCAGUCACACUGUUACUUUGUUCUGGAAGCAGAGCUGUUUCCAUGAAAUAGUUCAUAAACUUGCAGGUCUCCAGGAUGUAGCGCUCAAAGCAGGGGGCGGUUUGUAGUUAAAUGACUUCUGCUUUCACACAGAUGUAAUUAAAAGGGAGCUUUCUCUCGACAGGCUUUUCUCUGGGUGUGUGUUCGUGUUUCUAACAGCUGUGGCAUGUUGCAGAGGGUUAAUUCCCCCACAAACAGCGUGUGCUCAUUCCUGAUCCUGCUCCCCCACCCAUCGAGCUGUGGGAACGAAGUGGAUGAUGCUGUGUGAGGCAGAGGCACGUUCGACGCUUACAGAUCCAGUCCCCAUGGCUUAUCACAGUGUGGAUGCUCAGGGGAGCAGUGAGGUGUCACUGGAUGAUAUCACCAUCAGCUCCUCAGCUAGAGCUGUUGAGGUCUGCAGCGUGGAGCCAGCUGAAGAUCCUAAGACAGAGAGAUCUCAGGUGAACAAGAUUGGUUUAACAUCCCCUCCACCUCCUGCCUCCAGCAUGUGGACAACAAAACGAGAUGGAGAAGUGAAAUUGAGGAUGGAUGAGGAGGGCGUAGGCAGCAGGACACCAAAGACAGUUCAUGACCUGUUCCAAGAAGCCGUUAGCAAAUACAGUGAUUAUUAUGCUCUUGCAUUCAAGAAGAAUGGCCAGUGGGUAAAACUCACGUAUAAGAUGUACUAUGACAAGUGCUGGAAAGCAGCCAAAAGCUUUCUGAAGCUGGGACUCGAGCGUUUCCAUGGAGUGUGCAUCUUGGGAUUUAAUUCCCCAGAGUGGUUCAUUGCUGACAUUGGAGCUAUCUUUGCAGGUGGACUUGCUGUUGGGAUCUACACUACGAACUCUCCCGAAGCCUGUCAUUAUGUAGCAGAGAACUGUAGUGCCAACAUUCUGGUUGUGGAAAAUCACACACAGCUGCAGAAAAUCUUACAAAUUGAGCAUAAGCUACCUCACUUGAAAGCUAUCAUCCAGUAUGGAGAAGAGAUAAAAGAGAAGAGACCAAAUCUGUAUUCUUGGACAGAGUUCUUGGACCUCAGUGAAGAUGUUCCAGAUUCCCAGCUCCGUGAAAUCAUUGAGUCACAGAAGCCUAACCAGUGCUGUACCUUAAUUUAUACCUCAGGGACAACUGGGCAGCCAAAGGGAGUGAUGCUCAGUCACGACAACUUGACGUGGACACCGAUAGCAGCUGGACAUUCUUUAAUGCUGAUGGAAGCUACUGAAAAGCAAGAGCUGGUGGUCAGCUAUCUGCCUCUCAGUCAUGUUGCUGCACAGAUUAUGGAUAUUUGGCUAUCAAUAACAUUUGGAGGACAGGUUUUCUUUGCUCAGCCAGAUGCAUUAAAGGGCACCCUGGUAGACACCCUGCGUGAGGUGAGGCCAACUGCCUUCUUAGGAGUUCCUCGUGUCUGGGAAAAAAUAGAGGAAAAAAUGAAAUCAGUCGGUGCAAAAUCAUCGACACUGAGAAGAAAAGUGGCAACAUGGGCCAAGGGGGUCGGGCUGCAGACAAACCUGAAGUGGAUGAAUGGGUACUCUGAGGUCCCGGUGAACUUCCGCCUGGCCAGGCAGUUGGUGUACAAGAAGGUUCGGAAGGCCAUCGGGCUGGAUCGGUGCACCAGGUGCUUCACAGGAGCUGCUCCCAUUAGCAGAGAGACUCUGGAGUUUUUCUUAAGUCUGAACAUUCCCGUGUUUGAGCUGUAUGGCAUGAGUGAGAGCUCAGGGCCUCACACAGCCUCCAUACCUCAAGCAUUCAGGCUUACCAGCUGUGGGAAGGAAAUGGCAGGCUGUCGGACUCUGAUCCAUAAACCAGAUGCAGAUGGCAUUGGGGAGAUCUGCUUUGCAGGAAGGCACAUCUUUAUGGGCUAUUUGAACAUGGAGGAGAAAACCAAAGAGGCAAUUGAUGAAGAUGGCUGGCUGCAUUCAGGAGAUCUUGGCAAGUGUGAUAAAGAUGGAUUCAUUUACAUCACUGGCAGAAUUAAAGAGCUCAUCAUCACAGCAGGAGGUGAGAACGUUCCUCCUGUUCCAAUUGAGGAUGCUGUAAAAGAAGCCUGUCCCAUCAUUAGCAACGCCAUGUUGGUUGGAGACAAAGCAAAAUUCCUUGCCAUGCUUCUAACACUCAAGUGCACUGUAGAUAUGGAAAGUGGGGAGCCGGGAGAUGACCUCACUGCAGAAGCUAUUGAAUAUUGUCAAAAACUGGGCAGCAAGGCUACCAAAGUCUCUGAAAUCACAAGCAGCAAAGACAAGGCCAUCUAUGCAGCCAUCCAGGGAGCAAUUUCAGAAGUCAACAAGAAAGCUGUCUCAAAUGCUCAGAAAAUUCAGAAGUGGGUCAUUCUGCAGAAGGACUUUUCUAUCGGUGGUGGAGAGCUGGGCCCAACAAUGAAACUGAAGAGACCAGCAGUGGCACAGAAAUACAAAGAGCUGAUUGAGGAGUUCUACCUGGAUGCAAACACACCGACGGCAUCAGAGCACGCACUGCGGCAGUGACGUGGUAGGAAACUUCCCCUGGUGCACAGCAUUCUGUCAGCCUGGGCUCCCUGCAACGGAUUCAGAGGGUUCUGCAGAAAUAAAUGACACUCAGCAACCACGCAGCCUUCCUGAGGUGCUUAGCUGUGCAUUUAUGGGCCCUAUUACUGCAGUGUGCUCACACCCCGUUUUCCUGUGUAUGUUCGCGUGCUGAGAGAUUGCUGUGUGUCUCUGAUUUGUAUUUUUACUUUUUUUUUUUUUUAAUAAGGGCAAUGCAUUUACCGUGUCUGUACCAAAGUUUUCUUUUCCCAAGCUGAAUGUAAAACAAUCAGGAUCUGCCUUUUUCCUGCUGUGUAGGGAAGGCAGAGUUCCUUUUAGAGCAGUCUGUUUUGUUUUCCUCGGUGCAUGUUUAAUUGCAUGCUGCUGACAUGGGAAUUAUAUCAUUUUAUCCACAAACCAUCAUCUGUUAAGUAAGGCCAAUGCUGUGUGACUGCACACCCUGGCAAGUCUGUGUGGAACCUAGAGUUCACUGGGUGGGUUUGUGCAAUACUUGGAGUCUGUUUCAGCUUCUUGAGUUAUAAGGAAACCAUAAAUUAUAUUGUUUAAGUAGUAUACAUGGACUAGAUUGUUUGAAAAGGCUGUGUACACCUGUGUAACCUCUGUCUGUAGUCUUACAAUCAUAGAAACGUUGUUUAGGUGCCACUCCAGAGCUGUGGGGCUGUGGUGGCUGAUAUAUAUAGAAGUUUAGAGGAGACAGCACAGGGAACAGCAGCUCCUUGAGUUCCUCAGUAGUUCUGUGAAGCUCGUUCAUGUCUAUCCCUGCCUGGAGGGCCUUCAGAUGCCCUCAGCAAAUGAAGGACUGUUUGUAAAAUGGCUUAUUUCAAACUAGAAAUCCUCAAUCUGAAAAGAAAGUGGAAGAAGUUGUGUGCUGGUCCUGACUCUUGUUUCCCUGGACAAAACAGGAGCACCCAGAGCUGCUGUUGUGUGCUUUGAGUGGAAGUGGCAGACAGGGAAAAAGCAACAACCCCAUUAAAUAAUGCAGAACUCCAGCAAACUGCUGCUUGCACGUUGUUGGUUCUGUUCCUGCAGUUCUGGUUCACAUCAAAUCCUGCAGUGGUGAGAGAACAUUUGCAGUACUCAGAACUGGGAACCUCAGGGAAGGUUUCAUGUUUAAAACUAUUUAAUUUGGGCUCAGCGCCACAGCAAACAGCUCAGUGAGGUGCCCAAAGUGCCUGCAUGGAGUGUGGUUCUGCACUAUGGGAACAGCUGCUCUUCUUGUGCAACCGUUUCUCAGCUGUGUGAGUUGGAAAUGUCUCAGCUUUCAGAGCAACGCCCAAUAAAUGCCCUGUGCUUUGUGUC